GCACCACGAGCGUGCUACGUACGAAUAGCGCGUCAGUUUUCGGCAGCAACAGCAAACGGAUAGCGUUUUCCGGGGGGUCUACCGUGCGGCAAAAUUCGUGCCAGAAGCUCAAUACAUCAUGUGAAUGGGCCGAUUGAUUUUCACCCACCAUCGGAGACGAUUCGAAGACGAUUACGGUGCACACGACCAUUGCAGGGUAGGGAGGAAAAAAGAGGAGUCCAUUGAAAAGUGUUUUAAAACGUUCGGAAUUUCGUGCGCGUUCCGGGCCUGACCAACAAACGAAGGAAGCAAAAACAACAACAACAGCAACAACAAAACACGAGGGAAAAAAUCAGUUCAUAAAGAUAAUUAGUUGUCAGUGCUAUGGCUGUAACGCCCCAUUGAGAACCCAAUGAAGUGACGUUAGCAAUCUAGUUGAAGAGUGAAAUCUAAUCGCACAGUGACCGCCUCGUACAAACAUUGAGUGAAAAAAAGAGAACUCCAAUCGCCCUGUUCUAGCCAGCGUAAAACGUUUGUGCUCGGUACUGAAGAUUACAGAAGCUUCCUGCCAAGCUCACCACCCUCAUCUUCCUAUCAGCAAAAGCAGGUUAAUAAGAUUACACACCCGCAGCUGGGCGAUGUGCACCAGAAUUCGCAAGGGCAUCAUCAACCCGAACUAUCCGGGCUUUCAGUCGCUGGCUUACACGCUGAACGAUGACAACUUUGACUACAGCUCGGAAAACCCCUCCGACGAUGAGGAGGACUCGUACGUGUCGGAAUCGGACGACAACGAGAUGAAGCAGCACGAAAGGAAGCCGGAAGUGGAGCCGGAAAGGCACGCAGACGAGCCGGGUGACGAAAAUGGCAACUCAUACGACCAGCGUGGCAGCGAGAUGGGGGCGGGUGAGCACGCGAUGCAUUUAAAUUCCACCAUGGACGUACCGAAAGCUCGAGCCUCCACCUUUUACCAGCCCGCGAUGCCACUCACAACGGCACUCGAGGCGGAGGAAUGCUUCGCAGAGUCGGAAUCGCCCUACCGUCGCACCCGGAUGCGCCUCAUACCGACUGGGCGCCACUCUCCCGCCCUGACGACGGCAAUGACGUUCGGCACGGAGGACAAGCUGGACGCAGCGGAGCUAAUCUAUGCCUGCACACCGCCGGACAUUGUGCUGCAGCACAGCUACGAGCAUCGUACGAGCGUAUUCGGGCCGUGCAAAGAGUUGGCCAAGAUGUCGCUGGAACAUGCCACCAAUCAGAAGCCGGAUUUGAUACCGCAGCAACAGCAACCAGCAGACAAUGAGCCGGGUUCGGAGAAAGAAAGUUGUAAGGCGCAGCUUGCGGACGCGCUGCUAAAAGAUGUGAUCGAAAUUGAAAGAAACGAUGAGAACGAGAACGAGGCGGAGCUUGGGCAGGAUGACGACGACGAGCGGGACGAUGAAGGUAACCGAUCGCCACCGUCCCCUGCGAUCGAGUUGCAUCAGGCGGAGGAUACGUUCUCGAUUACAAACUGCACCAUCGGCAGCAGCUUCCAGCAGCACCAAACGUCGCUACUGUCACCCGGCGAGAUGCUGGACGAAACGAUCCAGUGCUACGACGGCUCGAUCACAGACGACGCCCUGUCGGACGAUUCGGAACAGGAGUCGGAAGAGGGUGAAUUCGAGUACAAACCGUACGGCGGACGGGACGAUGGCUCGCCGAGAAGCGGCUACGCGACGUCCCCGAGCGAUGUGCCCGCUUCCGGCGACAGUGGCGACAGUGCAGGAUCAAGCCCGGGCGAGGUGCGGUACCAUCUGGUGGACGACUGUUCGAACCAAACGGUACAGAUCACUCGAUCGCGCCAAUCGAACGAACAGUCGCCCACCAACCAUCAUCACUAUCACCUGCUGCAGCAAUACGCUACAUCCAGCGGUACGGACUACCACGGCAACCCGUCAGUAGAGCAGGAAAUUAACUGUAACAGCUACUACGACAGCUCGGCCGGAUAUCACGCUCAAAACGAUCCCUCCGAGUACGGGCGCCAGUAUGUGGCAGCAAACCGGAACGAAUCGAUCGCAAUGGAAUUCUCCGAGACACGUCCGACAACGCUUAACCUAAUUCGAAGAGAAACCAACUGUUUAGCGGACGAAAUACACGCGGCUACAGAUACUCAGCUUCCCUCGUUUGCGGACACAAAGCCUCUCGAAAAGCCCGAAUCAAUGAGUACGGAGACGGUGGUUCCUGCCCACCGACAGUCCUAUCCAAAAGUUGCGAAAAUAAACCCCUUCUGCGAGGCCCUGUUUGAGGAGAAUGACACGUGCGACUUCUUCACCAAACAGGCCAAGCUGCAGAUCGAAGCACGGAUGGCACUCUGCCAGGCGAAGGAUAUGGCUCACAUGCAGAUGGAGAUCGAAAAACGCAGCCUGCCACUGUCCCCCGUCACGAGGGUGAUCCACACGGCCGUCGAAAAGGCGGGCCUGAGUUUGGCGGCGGACAAGCGACGCCUGUCUCGUUACUACCUAACCCGGCUCAACGUGCAUCAGCUGCAGACGAUCCUGACCGAGCUGCAGGGCCACGCGGAGGUGCUGAACGAGGAGCUGGUGGAGUUGCUAAUGGUGCGGGACGAUCUGCACAUCAGCCAGGACGCCACGCUGAUCGAAAUCGAGGAUCUGUCGCGAUAUCUUUGUGCCAAGGAACAGACGAUCAUUCACGCUGAACGGCAGCGCAAAAGCCGCUACUGGAACAACAACCGAGCGGCGGCGCACCUGCAAUCGCAUCCGAAGCAGCAGCCGUCCUUACCGCAACCACCGAUACGAUCGACGUGUGGUACGGCGAUCCCAGCAUAUCGUUACCAUUAAAACAAAAACAAAAACAGCGCGUGCCGAUUUAGGUUAGGCAAGCUUCUCAACCGCACAGGGAGAAGGAACCACAUUCAAAUGAUCUAGAUACAAACAAAAUGAAGAGAGAAAAAAAACACAGAUAAAGCAAAUAAUGAUAACUAAACCAGAACAUACAAAGACAAAAACAUGAACAAAUGGACCCAAAAACGAAAUGAUAACAAUACAGUAUGUAAACCCAGAACAAUCCUCGAUCACAAACAUCACAACAAAGGCCACCGUCACACGUGGUUUGCAAAAAAUAUGCACAAAAGUAUGUAACAUUCCCGCCAACGCACCGAAACUCCCAGCCAGCCAGACACACACAGUCACCCAUACACCACACCCUUGCAUUGAGCCGCAUAGUGCAAUAGUGCAACGUGAGCUGCUGGAAGAAAAAGCCGAGAAUCUCACCUUGUGAUAGAAUAUGCCUGCGCUAGAAACCAUGUACUGUACUUGUAAACGGUGGAAGGUAUACUGCAUCCUCUGCAAAACAAUCAUACUAGUUCUCACUGAUCACUAAUCUAUCCCUAAACAUCAUUCAUCACCCAACAUCAUCAUCAUCAUCAUCAUCACGAUCGUCACUAUCGUCAUCCAAACGAAAGUCUCUCCCAAUCUCAUAGUCUCUAACUAACAAUCAACGCUCUGGUGAUACACAAAGAUAAUACUGCAAAUUGUUGUCUCUAUUUUUCGAUAUCUAAAAUCCUCUACGCUCUUUGCCCGUACUGAAA